CGCGCAUGCUGCUCCGGGAGCGUGCCGUCCAGGCCGAGCACCGCCGCAGCUUGCCUUCUGUGCGCAGCUGGGAGAAGGGCCGGUGCCGACGGGGACGAGGGUCCCGAGCUCCAAUCCCUAUUCAAGAGCUGCCGGGCUGCCCGCUGCCCCUGCCGCCCCAGUGGGGCUCGGCCCCACCCGCCACCUGCGUCCCGGUUGAGCCAUGGAUCCUUCGGAGAAGACGAUAUCGGUGUGGAUCUGCCAGGAGGAGAAACUGGUGUCCGGUCUCUCCCGUCGCACCACUUGCGCGGACGUAGUGCGGGUGCUCUUGGAGGAUGGCUGCCAGCGGCGACGCCGGCAGAGGCGAGGCCGGCGGCGGGGCAUAGCUGGCGACCCGCCAGGCCCAGGAGAGCUGCCGGAACCCCUGGACGAGGACGACGAGGACGACGACGACGAGGCGCUGCCCCAGGGCAUGUUGUGCGGGCCCCCGCAGUGCUAUUGCAUUGUGGAGAAGUGGCGGGGCUUUGAGCGCAUCCUGCCCAACAAGACGCGCAUUUUGAGACUCUGGGACGCCUGGGGCGACGAGCGAGAGAACGUACGCUUCGUGCUGGUGCGUAGCGAGGCGUCGCUGCCCAACGCGGGACCCCGCAGUGCCGAGGCGCGCGUUGUGCUCAGUCGCGAGCGCACCUGCUCCGCCCGGGGCGUCCCGGCGCGGCCCAGCCUGGCCCUGACCCAAGAGAAGCAGCGACGAGUGGUGCGAAAGGCCUUCCGCAAGCUGGCCAAGCUCAACCGGCGGCGCCAGCAGCAGCCGUCGUCGCCUUGCUCGUCCACUUCGUCGUCCACAGCGUCCACAGCCUCGUCCUGCUCGUCGUCGCCGCGGGCCGCCGAGAGCGCGUCGGUUGAGCGCAUGGAGACGCUGGUGCAUCUGGUGCUCUCCCAGGACCACACCAUCCGUCAGCAGGUGCAGCGGCUCCGGGAGCUGGACCGAGAGAUUGAUCGCUACGAGGCCAAGGUGCAUCUGGACCGCAUGCGGCGGCACGGAGUGAACUACGUGCAGGACACCUACUUGGUGGGCGCAGGCAUCGAGCUCGAUGGGCGCGGCCCGGGAGAGGAGCCGGCGGCGGCGGCGGCGACGCCGGCCGUGGACGGCGAGGCUCAGGCGGUCGAGCUGGAGGAGCUGGCCCGGCGCUGCGACGACCUGCUGAGGUUGCAGGAGCAGCGGGCCCAACAGGAGGAGUUGCUCGAGCGCCUCUCAGCCGAAAUCCAGGAGGAACUGAACCAGAGGUGGAUGCGGAGGCGCCAGGAGGAGCUCGCAGCGCGGGAGGAGCCCCCGGAGGCUGAUGGCGGCCUCGACGGUGAGCUGCUGCUGGAGCGGGAGCGGGUUAGGACGCAGCUCAGCACCAGCCUCUACAUCGGGCUCCGGCUCAACACGGACCUUGAGGCCGUCAAGUCGGACUUAGAUUACAGCCAGCAGCAGUGGGACAGCAAGGAGCGCGAGCUACAGGGCCUUCUCCAGACUUUGCACUCGUUGGAGCUGACGGUAGCUCCCGAUGGGACUCCGGUCUCGAGCGGUUCCUCGCAGGAACCCCGGCCUCAGGCCUGCGCCGAGGUGUGGGUGGACCAGGCCCGCGGACUGGCCAAGAGCUGUCCUGGUAACGACGAGGACUCGGACACCGGGCUGAGCUCUAUGCACAGCCAGGACUCGGACUCGGUGCCUGUGUGCGAAUCCCUUGUGUAGGAGGAGCAGAGCGGGAGAGGGAGACGGCCGAUUCUCCCUUCUUUGUAGAAAGCACCGGCUUGACCGGCUCAGGGACUUGAAACCAGGCGGGGAGUGGGCCCGGACCUUCUGCCGGGCAGCAGCGCUCUGACUGGGCGGGGGAGGGCAGGGGACGCCUGCUCGGCAGCGGCGCUUCUCUGGCCUUGGAGUGAAUGUGGAGGAUGAUACCAGACGAGGAAGCCAGGUCUCCAUUACAAGCUCUUUCAGGGGAAGAAAGGAGGGAGGAGGUGAGAACCCCCUUAUGUUGGAAAACAAAUGCUCCAGGAAAUUGACGUGGGCCGAGCCCAUUUUCAAAAAAAAAAAAAAGAGUAUUAUGGAGAUUUCACCAAUCUUUUGUAUGGGAAAGACUGAUGGCAGCUAGAACUUUAGUUUGUGGUAUAAAGUGCUUUUUAAAGAAACACUUGGAUGAAAAGGAAAUUCCUUGAAUGUUAAUUGUGACUGUGAACGUGUUAAAACUAGCCAAAGAGGACGCACUGGUGUUGGUCUCAGCCUUAGUCACACCUUUGAUAAAACCCAUAGGCACCAAAAUUCUGGCUGUUUACAUUUAUGCAGAUUUGGGAAUUACCCAUCUGCUAAACUCUUUGCCUUUUAUUUUCUUUCAAAGACUAACUCUGUCUCCUCCUAGCAAAUACAGUAUAUGUUAAAAUGGGGUCAUUUUUCCAAAAUCACCUUUUAUUAUUAUAAAAGCCAAACCUAACCCUUGGAGAUACAGAAUCGUGGUAGACAUAACCCCUGGUUAAAAUUUAAUCUAGGCCCUUUGAGAUUUGCUCCUGCAAAGGUAUGUGUGUUGUCCUUUUAUUCUUAUUGCCACUUCAUUCCCUUCAGACACUUAUUUCAGAAAAAAUAAAAGGGAAGUUGCAGAAUUCAAGUACAGCUACAUUUGCUGUUUAAUGAGCACUCUGGUUGAAAGGUAAGCCUUGAAAGCAAAGAUCUUUGUUAGUAUUCAGCUUUUUAACUAAGCUACAUGUAAAAAACCAACCAUGACCUCAACAGAUUUUACCAAACAAACCCAAGUCUAACUUCAGUAUCUUUGGUCAGAGAUUAAUUAGUUACUUGUCCAAACCUAAAUUGAGAUAGUGUAAAUAUCAAGGUUUACUAGAUAAGACCUGAAAAAACAUAAAACAAUCUAAUAGUACACCUUAGGUGAAGAAUUUGGUUAACAACGGCACGUAGCCAUAAAAGCAUAUGAAAGUAUAUAAAAUUGAGCUAAAGAUUCGACUUGAAUU